GGGAGGGAGGUGCUGGGCUGCACCAGGCGUUGCACCCACAGCCCAGGGAUGUUUCAAAGGCUGCUCUGAGUUUGGCUGUGAAGAUUUAGAGCUUUGCCUGGGACCACCUGUGGUUCAGGCACAACGCUGCUGUUGGCUCUGGCGUGCUCAGGUUUGGAAGGGAGGGGAAACCUGCCUGCACCUUUGGCAAGAGAGUGAGGGUGGGCAGGUAGGUGGAAAGGGGCUGCUGACUUAGGGAAAGGCAAGUCAGCUCCACAUCUGUCUCAGCCCUGUCCUCCGUAGGCAAUUUCUCCAGCUGCUGAGUGUGUUUCUGUGUUGUAAUGCUGAACUACAGCUGUUCUGCUGAGCUCAGCACUCCACUCCCAGGCUGGGAGCAGGGCAGCAGGCUGUGCCUGCUCUUAGAUGGAUGAACAGACCCAGCAAUGGCCCCAGACUAACAAUUUCAUCCAAGCGAUUGAGUCCCAGAGCAGCCCCAUCAACGGCUGUGACAAAGGUAGAGGCUGCCUGCACCUUGCUGAGAGCAGAGCUGGGCAUGUGAGGUGUCCACAUCAACCCAUGGGGGAACAAGUCCGGUCCUUGAUUCCUGGCCUCGGAUGCAGGCAGAGCCUCACCUCGUACAAAUAGGGAAAAGUACCAGAGAAGUCAGGCAUGAAUGAGAAUCAAGGAGUUUGCACAAGGAAUUAUUCCAGCGGAAAACAAAGCAAAAGGGAAAAGCUGGCCUGGUUUGCUCCAAUGUGACCUUAUCCAGGGAGCUGCAAAGCUAGAGCUGGCGAGGAAGAUGCUGUGCGCCGCUCUGCCAGAGAGGAGCCUGAUGACUGCAGACCUAGCCAAAGAGAUUGGGCUUUUGAACCCUGGGAUAUAAAUCCAUGCCACGCAAUUGCACAAGUCCUCUCCAAGCCCCACGGGGCUCUGUACCCUAACGUAUUGCUGGGCUUUGCAGCCCAGAGGCUUAAUGUGUGUGUGAAAGUGUCCAAGAGCUGUACAUCACCAUCGCGCGGCCCCACGAGCUGGACAGAGGUCGCUGCCAAAGGGCAGCAGGUGAAAUAUUUUGGCCCAUUAACAAAGCUCAUGUUAAGAAAUACAGACUCGGUGUGAAGACGCUGACAGCCUGCAGGGGCCUGGGGGAAGAAUGUUGGAAGGCUCUGAGAGUGCAGGAGGUUAUAGGAAAGUGCUGCGAGAGGAUGACAGGGGGAGGCACUGCUCCUUCUGCCGCUUGAGAGCCAGAGCGAGGAACGGGCCAUGGAGGUGCCCCAGGGAGGUGCCAGAACAGCCAGCUGGAGGCAGCAAGGGGCGAUGAUAUGUGGAGUGUAUGUAGAAGAAGCUUGGCUCCUCCUGACUUUCUGAGGGGAGCAGGCUCCGCUGCUAGGCUGUACUGGAAGGAGUACAAAAUGUGAAGUGGGACACCUUUCUGCAGCAGCUGCAAGCCCCUCAAGGUGCUUCCUUGCCCCCAUUCCUGAUGGAACAUCUCCAGCCAGGUCCAGCAUCAACAUCCUGACCGUGCACCUUCAUGCCUGUGCUGCCCAGAUCCCCGUUUUGCUUACAAGCCACCCAGACCCUUGUGCUGAGGAGAUUCCUGAGGGCAGGUUCCUCAGCUCCAGCCCAUCGUUUGCUGUCAGGGGCUGUAACUGUGGUGCACACACAGCGACAGGAGCUUGGGGGCUCCUGCAGAAGAAAUGUCAUCCUUCUCUGAAAUACACUUUUGGUUUGGAGCUUUGUUUUUUAUCCCUGGCUGCAGGUUUGAAGUCUUUGCCAUUGCUGCCGUCUGGCUGCUUGGCAUCCAGCAGCAAAUGCUCGAGCUGGAACAUCAGGGCAGAAAAGUGGCUUUGUCUCCGGAUACUGAGCCCCCGUCCAGUCCUCAAUGCAAAGGUGAGUGCUUUGAACUGCAGCAGUGGAAGGGCAGGGCGUGCAUGGUGGGGACAGGGAGGGAGUCUCAGGCAGUGCAGGGAUGGGGACAGGGAGAGCACAGUCUCAGUGGGGAGAGAGGGUGGCCCUCGCCCACAGCCUGCCCAGACCCCCGUGCACCAAACCCAAAUACCCUGAGGUGUGCUGGGAUGAAGGCUCAGGGCUGGUGUCUGCCUGGUCCCCUAUGGGGCUGCGUCCAUGCUGGGAUGGAUGGCUGGAACACACAGGGAUGGGGCAGGGAGCCCAUGGAUGACACCACUGGGUCACUUCUAUCGGCCACUGGACAUGAGUGGGUGCAGGCACCGACUGCAAAUCCAGCAGAGGGCCCUCUGGGGGACGAAGCAUCCUUCUUCCUCCUCCUCCUGCUUUUCCUGCUCCUCCUUAGGCUGGUCCUGGGCUCCCCUGGGCUGUGCACCCGGGGUGUCCCACCAGCCCAGCUCCAGGGGUGGGGAGUGCAGGUGAAGGACUGUACCCUCCUGGGUGAAGGACCAGAUUCACUUCUUCCUCUUCUUUCCUGGCCACACACAUCCCCUGGCUGGGUUUGCUGUGCUGAGCCCACGCAGGCUGCGCGGUGCUGCGAAGGUGCCCGGCUGCCGCCGCAUCGCUGCCUUCCCCGGCCCACUAUGGAGGCACAAUGUAUGGCUCGCCAUGGAAGAGUGACAACCUGUAGCAUCCCUGGUGCGUGAACUCCCGGGAGACGUCCGUGCCUUCGUGGAUAUUAGCAGAGGACCCACAGCGUCCCCACACUCCCUCCUCCCUCUGCUGCCAGCAGCCCAGCCUGCGUCUAAGCUUUUUGGGGCUGGGGCUGCCCUGCCAGCAGCUGCAGACAUGAGGCUGCUCCUCAUCCUCCUGCCAUCGCUGUUCUACGCUGCUACAAAGCCUCCGGUGAUCGGCUCCCAGCGGGACAGGCACGUGUGUCCUUUGGGGCAGUUUCCCUGCGGCAACCUCUCCGUCUGCCUGCCGCAGGCCCUGCACUGCAACGGGGAGGACGACUGCGACAACGGGGCUGAUGAGGAGAACUGCGUGGAUGACAGUGGCUGGCUGCAGGUCCUGGGCGACAUGCUGGUUGCAAGGAGCAGCAGUGAGGCUGAAGAGGAGAGUGAUGCCUGCUGGCUGGGACUCUUCCCAGAGCGGUGCCGGUGCUGGGGAAGCUCUGUGGACUGCACCGAGCAGGACCUCACUGCUGUCCCCUGGGUCUCCUCCAACGUGACCAGGAUGGACCUAAAGAAAAACAAAAUCCGUUCUCUGCUGGACAAUCAAUUUGCCAGGUACAGGAGCCUGAAGAAGCUGUUUUUGCAAAACAACAAGAUCCAGUUGAUCUCGCCCAAAGCCUUUGCUGGACUUUAUCAGCUUAAAAUGUUGUUCCUCAGCCACAACAGGAUUGCGCAGCUGAAGCCCCAGGUUUUUGAGGACCUGCAUCAUCUCGAGUGGCUGAUGCUGGACAACAACAGGAUCGCCCAGAUCAUCCCUUCGACGUUUGCAGGGCUGAAGUCGCUGUAUUUCUUGUACCUCCUGAACAAUUCUUUGGUGCAGAUUCCCAACACCUCACUCUGCACGGAGAUGCCGAAGCUCAGCUGGCUGGAGCUGGAAGGGAACAGGAUCCGGGCGGUGCACAGCGCUGUCUUCCAGGAGUGCCGUGAGUUCACAGUGCUGAUCCUGCGCAGAAACAAGCUCAGGUGGAUCCAGGAGGGGACAUUUUCCAGGCUGAACAGGCUGGUGGAGCUGUACGUCUGCACCCAUCGCUGCCCUGACCCGCAGGACCUGCAGGAAGGAGCUGUGCUGAGGCCCUUGCUUGGGACCCUGCUCUGUCCCCUGCCCGGAGCAUCUCACUGCUCAGCAUCCCAGGGUGCAAGGCUUGGAGCCCUCAAGCACUGCUCUCUCCACAGUGACCUGUCGGCCAACAGGCUGGACCAGCUCCCCUCCUCUCUGUUUGAUGGCCUCGUUCGGCUCCAGCAGCUGAAUAUUUCCUACAAUCCCUUGAAAAAGAUCUUGCCCGGCCAGUUUGAGAGCCUGCCCCAGCUGCGGUCUCUGAGCUUGGAAGGACUGGAGAUCCCAAACAUCCACAACCUGACCUUCCAGAAGCUGACCAACCUCUCCCACAUCUAUUUCAAGAAGUUCCAGUACUGCAGCUACGCACCCCACGUGCGCAGCUGCAAGCCCAACACCGACGGCAUCUCCUCCUUCGAGAACCUGCUCGCCAACAUCAUCCUGCGUGUCUUUGUCUGGGUCAUCGCCUGCCUCACCUGCUUGGGCAACCUCUUUGUCAUCUGCAUGCGGUCCUUCAUCAUCACGGAGAACAGCCAGCACACCAUGGCCAUCAAGUCCCUGUGCUGUGCAGAUGGCCUGAUGGGCAUCUACCUCUUCGUCAUUGGAGCCUUUGACCUCAAGUACUCAGGCGAAUACAACAAGCACGCCCAGAGCUGGAUGGGUAGCCUGCAAUGCCAGCUGGUGGGCAGCCUGGCCAUGCUCUCCUCCGAGGUGUCAGUCCUGCUGCUGACAUACAUGACCUUGGAGAAAUACUUCUCCAUUGUUUUCCCAUUCAGCCACCACAGAGCUGGCAAGAAGCAGACCAUCUCGGUACUAGUGGCCAUCUGGCUCCUGGGCUUCUCCCUCAGCACCAUCCCCCUGUGGUGUAAGGAGUCUUUUGGGAACUACUACGGGAGGAAUGGUGUGUGCUUUCCGCUGCAGUCUGACCUGGGUGAGCGGCCCAGUGCCCGGGGCUACUCUGCCACCAUCUACUUGGGCGUGAAUCUCGCAGCCUUCAUCACAAUUGUCUUCGCCUACUCCGGCAUGUUCUACUCCAUCCAUGUCACGGCAUCCAAAACAGAAGAGAGAGGAGUCUGCUCCCGGGAAGUCGCCAUCGCAAAGCGGUUCUUCUUCAUUGUCUUCACUGAUGCUCUCUGCUGGAUACCAAUCUUCCUCCUCAAGCUGCUCUCCCUGCUGCAGGUGGAAAUACCAGGAACUGUCACCUCCUGGGUGGUCAUCUUCAUUCUGCCCAUCAACAGCGCCCUGAACCCCAUCCUUUACACCAUCACCACUGCCUCCUUCCAGGAGAAGGUGAAGGGCUGCCUGCAGACCAAGCAGCUGGAGCUGCACGACUCCCGCAAAAGCUUCACCCUGGUGACGCUGCCGGCCAGCAGCGUUUGACCCACCGUGGUGCCCCCCGUGCC